AUGGCGGGUGUGGCAGUGGAGACUGAGAGACCAAAAGAAGUUGCUACUUUGGGAAAGGGGCUUCUCUUCCCAAAGGGACAAGACAAGGAGGCGCAGGCUCUGCUCUCAUGUGCUGCCUCUGUCUCAGUAGAAGCUGGACCAAAACAAGCUGGUAUCAACUCAGAUGAUCCUGCAUGGGCUCACUGUUUCUGCCCAGACAUAACCAAGAAACAUCACCUACGGUGCAAGUAUUGUGACAAGGUCUGCACUGCUGGAAUUACAAGAAUUAAGUACCAUCUUGCUGGAAUUAAAGGUUUCAAUACUACUAAGUGUCAGAAAGUUCCAAGUCCAGUGCAGCAAGAGAUGUUUGAUUUGCUUACCAAGAAGACUAGUGAAAAGGAACAGAAAAACAAAGAAAAGGAAGUGGCCAGAGCUGAAGUUGACAUAGAAAAUUCAGAUUGUGAAAGUGGCAGUGAAGGUUCAGAUCAUGGCAAUAAUGUUCUUGUGGUGAAGCCAAAGGAGACAACAGGAUCUAGUAGCUCUAGAUCUGUAGCAGGUGGUCAUACUAUUGACAAGUACUACAAGCCUCCUUCUAUAGAAGAAUCUGCCAAGGCCAUUGGACAAUUUGGUAGAAGUCUGAAAGGGCCUAGUCCCUAUGAGAUGAGUGGAUCGUUCUUAGAGAAAAGGAAGGAACAGGUGAUGGAUGGAUUCAAGGAGCACAAGGAAUCAUGGGAGCUCACAGAUUCAGUGGAAUGCUCAGGUGACAGGAAAGAUGGCAAAUAUAUCUUUGAACUUGUGGACAGGUACAUAGAAGAGAUAGGGGAACAACAUGUUGUCCAAGUGGUGACUGAUAAUGCUAGCGUCAACACAACUGCAGCAAGUCUAUUGACAGCAAAAAGACCAUCAAUAUUUUGGAAUGGAUGUGCUGCUCAUUGCUUGGAUCUCAUGCUCGAGGAUAUUGGGAAGCUUGGACCAGUUGAGGAAACCAUUGCUAAUGCAAGACAAGUGACUGUUUUCUUGUAUGCUCAUACUAGGGUGUUGGAUUUGAUGAGAAAGUUUCUUAACAGAGACUUGGUUCGCUCUGGGGUUACACGAUUUGCCACAGCUUAUUUGAAUCUAAAAAGCUUGUUAGACAACAAAAAAGAGUUAGUAAGACUAUUUAAAUCAGAUGAGAUGGAGCAAUUGGGUUACUUGAAGCAGGCCAAGGGGAAGAAAGCCAGCAAAGUGAUCAGAUCUGAAACCUUUUGGAAAAAUGUUGACAUUGCAGUUAAUUACUUUGAGCCAUUGGCUAACGUGUUGAGAAGAAUGGACAGCGAUGUACCAUCAAUGGGAUUCUUCCAUGGUUUAAUGCUUGAGGCGAAGAAAGAAAUUUCUCAGAGAUUCGAUAAUGAUAAGAGCCGCUUCAUAGAAGUUUGGGAUAUCAUUGAUAAAAGAUGGGACAACAAGCUCAAGACUCCACUACACCUGGCUGGGUACUAUUUGAACCCCUACUACUACUACCCAAAUAAGCAAGAGAUCGAGAGUGAUGGAUCAUUUAGAGCAGCAAAAUGGUGGCUGAACCAUGGCACAAGCACACCAAAUCUUAGGAAGUUGGCUGCAAGGAUUUUGAGUUUGACCUGCAGCUCCUUAGCUUGUGAGAGGAACUGGUCAGUUUUUGAACAGGUUCAUACAAAGAAGCGCAACAGGCUACUUCAUGAAAGGAUGCGAGAUCUGGUGUUUGUUAAAUUUAACUCCAAGUUAAGAAAUAAGAGAGAGAACAAGGGUAGAGAUCCUAUAGAGAAGGAAGUGGAUGAUGUUGUGGCAGAUGGUGACAAUGAAUUCAUUACUGGUGUUGUGCCUUCAUCAAGUGAAAUGGAUCAACAAUGUGCAAAAGAGUCACAGCAGCACACAACACCACAAGCACCAGCACCAGCUAAAAGGAAAAGGCCUGUGCACACUAAGAAGAGGAAAGUCAGAAGCCUACAGUCUUUGAUGCGCAAUGCCCCAGUGCAUCCUGAAGCUCCAUCAUCCGACUCAGAAGAUUGUGAUGAUGGUAUUCCAAUGCAUACUUCUGAUUCUGAUAAGUUACCCUCUCCCUCUCCCUAUGUCUCUGAGACCGAUGAUUGA